UGUGCGCAUGCGCAACUAGACGUGGCAGCGGCAUCAUGGCUUCUUGGACCCGAUUCGGGAGACCUAGGAGAGAGCUUGCAAUGUAUAUAUUCUUAUGUAUGGUCGUGGUCGUGUCCAAGCUGCAGGCAGUCAAAGUUUCCCCGUUAAUCGAAAGAGUCAGUGACCAUAAGGAUUUCAAAAAGCUGCUCAGGACCAGAACCAAUGUGCUUGUUCUUUACACUAAGUCAGCUACAUCUGGAGAUGUUCAUCUAAAGCUGCUGUCUGAUGUAGCCCAAGCAGUAAAAGGCCAAGGGACUAUCGCCUGGGUGAACUGCGGGGAUUCCGAGGGUCGCAAACUCUGUAAGAAGGUGAAAGUUGAUCCAAGUUCAAAGACAGCCGGAUUCGAAAUCCUCCAUUAUAAAGAUGGGACCUUUCAUACAGAAUACAACAGACCAGCCACACUUAAGUCUAUGGUGGCAUUCCUGAAAGACCCCAGAGGUGCCCCUCUAUGGGAGGAGAACCCUGAAGCUAAAGACGUCGUUCACAUCGAGACAGAGAAAGACUUUAAGAAGCUACUGAAAAGAGAAGAGAAACCCAUCCUCAUGAUGUUUUAUGCCCCCUGGUGCGGCGUGUGUAAGAGGAUGCAGCCCAUCUUCCAACAAGCUGCCACGGAGACGAAAGGAAAAUAUGUCUUGGCAGGGAUGAACAUCCACCCGGCGGAGUUUGACGGACUUAAACAGGAGUUUGAUGUUAAAGGCUAUCCGACCUUCUGCUACUUUGAGAAGGGAAAGUUCCUGCAUCACUAUGAGAACUAUGGAGCCACAGCCAAGGACAUUGCAGAUUGGCUUAAAAACCCACAGCCUCCUCAGCCCAAGACCCCUGAGGUACCAUGGGCAGAAUCAGACUCAGCAGUUUUUCAUCUGACUGAUGAGUCCUUUGACACAUUUCUGGACGAACAUCCCUCAGUCUUGCUUAUGUUUUAUGCUCCCUGGUGCGGCCACUGUAAGAAGAUGAAACCUGAAUAUGAUGAAGCGGCUGAAGUCCUCAACAGAGAGGCUGAUAGUCCAGGUGUGUUAGCAGCAGUGGAUGCCACCAUCCAUAAAUCUGUGGCUGAACGCUUUAAGAUCUCGGGCUUCCCUACCGUGAAGUACUUUGAGAAGGGAGAGGAGAAGUACACUCUACCACAGCUACGAACCAAAGACAAGAUCAUCGAGUGGCUGCAGAAUCCCCAGGCACCCCCUCCUCCUGAACAGUCAUGGGAGGAGAAGCCAUCUAGCGUGAGUCACCUUGGGGCUGAAGACUUCAGGGAAGCUCUCAAGAAGAAGAAGCAUGCCCUGAUCAUGUUCUACGCUCCAUGGUGCCCGCACUGUAAGAAUGCCGUCCCGCACUUCAUUACGGCUGCUGAGACGUUCAAAGAGGACCGCAAGAUUGUGUAUGCUGCCGUAGAUUGCACCAAAGGCCAGAACCAUGAGCUGUGUAAGCAGGAGGGUGUAGAAGGCUAUCCAACCUUCAACUACUACAAUUAUGGCAAAUUCAGUGAAAAAUACAAUGGAGAGCGAGGGGAAGCUGGCUUUAUCGGUUUCAUGCGAAGCCUAAGAGGACGAGACCAAGAGAAGGUGGGAAAGCGAAAAGAGGAGCUUUAAAAAAUGUGGGUGUGGCUAUAAACAGAGGAGGAGCCUGUCAUUGCACUGUGAUGGGGCAGGGACCUUCUAGCACUGAUGCUACACAUGUGAAAACCUCAGCUUAAAGAGAGGAUAUUUUUAUACAGCCUUAUGUUUGUAAUACCAAUGUUCAGCCACACGACCACUCGAGACUCGGCUUUGUUUCUUUUUUUUCUUUUAUUUCUUCUUUUUUUUUUCUUUCUUUCAUAGACGUUUUGUGACAAAGACAAUUGCUCUCAAAUACUGUGACAGUUAAUCAAACUACAUCUUAAAUCUAUGCAAUACUGAACAUUCACUCUACAGCUCUUCAUGAUCGCUGGCUCCUGGGUGACGCGGACUCGACUUUUGCUUUACAUAAGACACCAAAACCUUGACAUCCCUUGACAUCCCUUGACAUUCCUUACCUUUGUAAAGAUCACCCAUAAUGUAUACAAUCACGAUUGAAUAUUUUUGUACAAAAAUGUGACAUCCUGGACUAGAACGACAAUAGAAGAAAAUGAAAAUGUAGCUCAAAUUUGUGGCCUUAAAUGUUUGAAUAAGUUUUAUUCAAGUGGUACAGUGCACCAAGGACUAUUUCCGAGAUUUGGUGGGGCCAAAAUACAACAGAGCUUAUAAGAACUUGUGUUGAAGCUAAUGGCUUCUUUGUUCCUUGUAUUGUUAUGUGUGAUUGAUUGUCAGUAGUGGGAAAAUUAAAAAAAAGAAAAAAUGAAAGAUGCCAAAAUUCUAAUUUAGAAGUGAAGGAUAAAUUAAGCCCCAACUUAGUUGAUGUGUAUUUCCCCCGGUUCCUGUUUAUGCCUGAUUAUCAAUUUCCAUACUUCCAUUUAAAUAUCGAAUGGCCAUGAGCCAGUGCAGUGCAGACCCAAAGUGAAUCCCUGUAGUGCAUAGUGAGCUGAUGUUCAGAUUUUAUGGUUACUGCAGGAACUAUUAAAAAAAUAAAAAAUCUUUUUUUUUUUUGUGUGUGUGGUCAAGGGAGUUUCAUUAAUUAAUCAAGUCAAGUUUUAUAGAGAUUUAAACUGGUGUAAGGGCAUUUAAUAUUACUAAUGGUCCUCACUUUUUUUUUUUACUUGGUCAUUAAUUUUAAGGAAAAAAAUAGUUUGAAUUACAACCUUCACUUCCAUAUCAUGCAUCACUUAGAUAUAUACAUCUAUACCAUUUUGAUAAGAAAUUAUUAAGAUUUAAGAACGUUUCAUCCUAUACAGAUUGUCCCUUAUACAGAACAAACAAACUGAGAUUUGGAUUCAUGACAGAAAAGAACGGAAGUGCUUUUUAACAUGUGGUUUAUGUAGUACUUGAGUGCUCUCUCUUUCAUCUAACCAGUGUUGCAGCGGAGGUUUAAGAAGCACUCUUAUUCAUACUUUAUACCAGGACCACUGCAUCGUACCAUUACACUCUGAGGUAACUUUUGCGACUGUGUUCAGAGCUCCCUAAUCAUAGCGUUAUACAUAUUUAAUGAGCUUAUCUGUAGCUAAACAUGUUUGAUUAUUCAAGACAUUGCUUCUUUUCAUUCUGAAUAAAGUUCUCAGGGAUAGCAAAACACAUUUUAGCUGAGUACUUGGAGCUUGUGUUACUGAACUCUGAAUACUGAAUUGUUUACAUUCAUCUGUGGGAGAUCGUUAUGACAGAAUUCGGUUUAAAAAUCUUGGGGAAAUUAGAGGAGAAAAUAUUUACUCUAUUGAGCCUAAAAAAAAAUCAGAAGAGUCACAAGUGCUCCGUUUCUAUCACUCAGCCGAUCAGUCUUAUUGCAAGUGUAGCCAGAAGAACGGUAAAACAGCUGGUUUCAACUUCAUACUUGUUCCCCCCAUUUUAUAUGCAUCAACAGGAGGGACCCAUCAAAAAAAUGUUUACUGUAUUUCAUACUACAGAGCCAUAGCCAGUGUAUCAAUUUUCUUUGAACUUGUGCUACAGAAGUUUCUGUACCUAAACAUGUGUCUGUUGAAGGACAUCCUGCUUUUUCUAACCCAAAGGUCUCCAUAUUGAUGCCAAGAAGUCACUUCCUCCUGUCCUUGAUUUAUGCACCCAGCCAUAUGUACAGUUUUGGCCCAAUGAAUAAACACAAUGCAAAAUAAAAAGGCAUACAUUUCCAA